UUAACCUUCAAAUUUAUGUCAAAAGUAUAGUUCAUUCAUUUUUGUUAACCAUGCUGUCGAAGUAUAUCCCAAAUUUUUUGUUACUAUCAAACUACGAAAUGAUCCUAUUUGUUAUAUCGUUGGUUUUUACAACAGCAGCCGGAGUGACCGCGUUUUUGCAUUUCUCCUGUAAAUCCUUCAGCAGAUUAAAGAUUGGGUUUGACGAUAGAACGGAAAUUAUUUACAGUAAGGAACUGGAAACACAUCUAGGAGUUUUAGAACGGAAACUCAUAAGAAAGGCAGGAGAAUUGAAGGCUUCCGCAAGGACGGAGAGUUUGGAAAAGUUGGUCAACACUCAAGCGAAAGUGAAAAAGUACUACGUACAUUUGAAGGAAGAGAUUAAGAAUUCCGAGGACGAGUUCGCAAAGAUUCAAGCUAAAAUUGAUAGCUAUAGGAAGCAGAGAGUCGAGAUUGAACAGCAAAUGAAGCUCAAUGAUAAGUACUACAACAAUCUUCUACGUGCGGUGCCUAAAGCACUCAGCGCCGACGUGUUGAGACCAGUUGGCGCCCUAAAAGAUGCCGCUGAUCAACAAAAUGUAUCGAAAUCUUCGGAUGACGAUGCUAACGGUAUCUGUGCCAAAAAAUCUUUUAAUCUAUGCGAGAGAAACACAAACGUAGAAACUUCGAAAACCUCUACCACGAAUACAGGUACAAGUGGAUCACACACGCCCAUAUUUGAUUCCGUAAAAAAGUUAAGAACCCGUUUUUCUGGUCCGGUCAACUUGGACUGGUGCGGGUCGAUUUCGUGCUCUCGAAAUUGUGUCGCUUCGAAAAAUUUGAAAGUGGAGAGCCACUCUCAACAGCCGGUUCAGGAUACUGUGGCGUCUGCUACUGAGAAGGUUGCGAAGACUCUUAGUGGAUCGACAGGGAGUGCUAUGUUGUUUGUGGAAAACAGGGCUUGAAGCAUUUUGUACAUAAUUUGGCUGAAAUUCUUCUUCGAAGCCAACCAAGACAAACGUCGUGGACUUUGAUCUUUUACCAAAUCAUAACAUUGUCCAAAUUCUAAAUUUACCUAUCACCUACGAUAAUCUAAUAAAACAUGGCUUAUAUAUAAUUUAUUGAUGUAAGUGAAAUGCGGAUGUAUGUUUUUCAUGUUCCAACUCAACUUUGUCCACUGUUAAUUUGCUUGGAAACAAAUGUAUCCAAAUAGAA